CUGGGCUGGAGCCGGAGGGAGGAGGCGUCCCACAGCGGCCAUCCUUGCAGCUCGGGCCGGCCUCCGCCCCUCCCAAUCGGUUGCAUCUCUCCCGUUGCCUCUUGGCGGGUGCCUCUUCGCAGCCCUCCGGCUCUCCUCCUUCCCUGCGUUGCUCCGGGUUUCUAGUUGCAUCGGAAACAAAGGAAAGGCACUUGCCCCCCUCCCGCUCCUCCCCCGUCCCUCCCCUCCCCUCUCCGUCCCUCCGGACUGCAGCCGUGCGGGGGGCAGCCGGAUCGGCCGUGCCUUCCUCCUCCUCGUCCAGCCGGAAUCCAACAUGCCUCGGCUGCAGCCGUCGAGGCCCCGCGGCCAGGCAGGGCUGCCGCCGCCGCCGCUUCUGCUCCUCCUGCUCCUGGCCGGCCACGUCGCCCGAGCUCAACAGUGGCGGAAUGAAAAUUUCGAACGGCCCAUUGACAUGGAGGGCUCGGGGGACGAUGACUCCUUUGAAGAUGAAGAACUAGAGGAAAUGGAGGACUUCUAUUCAGGAUCUGGCUCUGGAUAUUUCAAGCAGGACCCUGUACCCAAGACGGUUGUGCGGCUCACCACAGAUUCAUCCAUCCUACUUGCUACCACCUCGGCUGUUUUGCCUGUCACAUCUGUGCAACCAGUUGCCACCCCUUUGGCACCGCUCCCUACCGAGGAAGUUAUUCCUGAUUCAGCUACCAGCGGUCUGUACAUCCCCAGGAUUUCAGAAGCCCCAGCAGUCACCAUCUGGAAAGCAGUCGGCGUUACGGCGACCCCUGCGGCCCGCGAUGUCGCUACGACUACGACAACUGCUUCUAGCAUGGCGACCACAGCCUCCACCACAACAGUUACCUCUAGACCCACCACUGCCCUGAGGGACCUGCUGCCUGUGAUCACAAUUGUUGCCGUGACACAGUCGAUGAUGCUCGAAACCCCAACGACGAUGGCGACUGUAGCCAGAACGGAUUCCAGCUCCCCCUCUGGGACGACCAGGGAGACAAAGGUCAGAGAGACGGCCCAGCUCAGCACUUCGCAGGAACCAGACGUUACCACAGGCCCCCAGCCUCCCACAGCAACCCCCACAGAGGCUGCUCAGGCAGAACCCAUGGAAACGACGCUUUCCACAGUUACAAUGAAUGAACUUGACGUUCCCAUCAGUGGGGACUUCGAGAUCCACGAGGAGGAAGAGGUAGCUCAGACCGAGCUCGGCAAUGAAGUGGUGCCUCUGGUCACGCCUGCAGCUGAGCCGGGGUUGAAAAAGAAAGUGGAACCAGGGCUCUUGGACAACACCAUAGAGUCUGGGAAUUCAGCAGCACAACUGCCCCAGAAAAACAUACUGGAAAGGAAAGAAGUGCUCAUAGCUGUGAUUGUGGGAGGGGUCGUUGGGGCCCUCUUCGCAGCCUUCCUGGUGAUGCUCUUGAUCUAUCGGAUGAAGAAGAAAGACGAAGGAAGCUACACGCUGGAAGAGCCCAAGCAGGCAAGUGUCACAUACCAAAAACCUGACAAGCAGGAGGAAUUUUAUGCAUAGACUGGAACCUUGAGUGCCUCGCCAUCUCUUUCGGUCUCAAUGCUGUCCCUUUUUUUAACAACAACAACAACAAACCCAUCUCUGAUUCAACCCGUCUCUUUCUAAUUGAGUCUAUCAAGUUUAACCCGAAAGUUUGAAGAAACCAACUGUUUUAAAAAGAGUUGCGCAUUUUUAGAAGGCAACAGAGCUGCACUCACCUUGUAGCGCAGGAGAUCCUUCAAGGAGUGCCGAUGUGGGAGGACCCAAGAGGUAGACCUUUUCGGAUGUCUCCUGGAAGAUCUUCUGAAAUUAACAGGAAGUCCUGGAUUCAUACCUAACUCAGGACUAAAAGCACUGAUCUUUUUUAAAAAAAAAAAUAAGUGGACACUUUUGGUUGUCAAUACUUUCUGAUACUCUUCAAGACGAGGGUUUAACUUCACGUGCUAGAAGAUGCAAUAUUUGAUAGACCGGGCUGCUCACGAGCCAUCACCUCUUCCGACUGAGCAACUGUGCUGGACCCUUGGGAUUGCUUCCUUGAAGAUGUCACCUGGUCUGCAAGGGGCACUCCUUAACGCUCGUGUCUUUCUUCCUUUCUCCCUUCAUCCCAUCACGAUCAACAGCCAAAAGACCUCAGAUGCUACCUUUCUGUUGCAAACCCAGCCUAGGUUUCCAACUGAAGCUUGUGCCCAGAUUUAUUGGGAUUCACUGUGACGUUAAACCUCGAUUAGCACAGCAUUCCACAUCUAGGCAAGAGGAUGAAGAGCAUUUUUCUAAGAUAUCGAUCGUGAGGAAGGAGAUGGCAAUACCUUUUUUUUUCUUUUUUAGAAAGUCAAGCUAUCUUCUAAAAUCAUGUAGGAAAUAGAUCUCACACAUCUUGAUGAAUGGUGUGGUCAUUUCUUCAUUGGUGGGGGGACUGGUGGGAGGUUUAUUGGGGAAGCCUAAGAGUAGAAUGAUGUGAGCCUAGUUCUUUGAUUCUGAGGGACUCUGUAAAUAGAUGGAUUAAAAAAAAUGAAAUAAGUAUAUAGAGAACUUGAGUGGGGGGAGAAUCCUGAUUCUUCUGAAGCAGUAAGUUGUCGAGUAACAGCAAGCAUGCAAAAAGAAACAUUUCGGUCAAGUUUGUUAAGCAAGUUCAUAUUUCAUAGCAAUGCAGGAGAGGUGAUUGUGCUGACCCCAAAGAGUUAUAAGGAUGCUAUAAACCCCCCCAGUCUGAACAAAGAACGAAAA